CGCUCCGCGUUUUUUGUGCGGGGAUCUUUUCUGCGAUAGACAUUGGUAAAAGUAAAGUGACUAAGAAUUUCCUGUAAUCUAAAAGACAAUGUAAACUUGCUGUUUUAGUGCAGUUGUCAAGAUCAAUAAAAUAGUGUGAAUAUUUGGUUAAAUAAAGUGUUAGAAGUAAAACUCGUUUUGGAAUUUGUUUCCUCAUUUACGCUGCAAUAAGUACCACUUUAACAUUAAAAGUGCGGAAGAAAAAAACCAUAGGACAAUUGUCAAAGAUUUGUACCGAUCUGGUAGCGCAGCUUUAACGAAGUAGACCACAGAAACGAAAAACAGCGAAAAUGACAGAGUAGUUUAAUAAAUGAAAUAAAAACUCAGUAGAAGAAAAAUAAUCGAAAAAACGAAACACCAAAAACUGAAAGUGUAACUACACAUUUAAAAGAUGGGGGACGUUGAUCCAGAAACGCUCUUAGAAUGGUUAUCUAUGGGCCAGGGCGAUGAGCGCGAUAUGCAAUUGAUUGCUCUAGAGCAAUUGUGUAUGCUCCUACUUAUGUCCGACAAUGUAGAUCGUUGCUUUGAAAGUUGUCCUCCACGUACAUUCUUACCAGCGCUUUGUAAAAUAUUUUUGGAUGAUCUUGCACCCGAAAAUGUUCUGGAGGUGACAGCUCGUGCUAUUACAUACUAUCUUGAUGUAUCAGCCGAAUGUACACGCCGCAUUGUAGCUAUCGAUGGCGCAAUCAAAGCCAUUUGCAAUCGUUUGGUUGUCGCCGAUUUGUCUUCGCGCACAUCACGCGAUUUAGCCGAACAAUGCAUAAAGGUAUUAGAAUUGAUAUGUACACGUGAAGCAGGAGCCGUUUUUGACGGUGGCGGUUUGAAUUGUGUGUUAUCUUUUAUACGUGAUUGUGGUUCACAAGUUCAUAAGGACACAUUACACUCUGCUAUGGCGGUAGUGUCGCGCCUUUGCACCAAAGUCGAGCCGAAUGCGCCAUGCAUUCCGAAUUGCAUAGAAAGCUUAAGUACACUGUUACAACAUGAGGAUCCUAUGGUAGCAGAUGGUGCACUCAAAUGUUUCGCUUCAGUUGCUGAUCGUUAUACGCGCAAAUGGGUAGAUCCAGCUCCUUUGGCGGAGUAUGGCCUUGUUGAAGAGCUAUUAAAACGUUUGGGCAAUGCUGCAGGUCCUGUUGGCAAUGCCUCAACAUCGACAGCUGUCAGCCCUGGUGCGACUACAGGUGCAUUAACAUCAAACACCAGUACUGGAAGUGUUGGUCACAAUGACAGUGUCAAUUCUGUUUCUUCAACAACUGGUGUACAGAAUAAACCAAACCAAGGAAGCGAUCCCUCAAGAACUUCACAAUCGAUUUCAACAACAAUAUCUUUGUUAUCCACGUUAUGCCGUGGCUCACCGUCUAUUACGCACGAUUUAUUACGCUCACAAUUGCCAGAUGCAAUUGAACGCGCUCUGAAGGGUGAUGAACGUUGUGUUUUAGACUGUAUGCGUUUGGCAGACUUACUCUUGUUGUUGCUGUUCGAAGGACGGCAAGCAUUGAAUCGUGUUGGCACAACUGGUGGUGCACAAGGUCAACUAGCAUCUCGUGUACGUCGUACUGAUUCGAGCGCUGAACGCACACAUCGCCAAUUAAUUGAUUGCAUACGUUCAAAGGAUACAGAAGCCUUGCAAGAGGCUAUCGAAACAGGUGGUAUUGAUGUUAAUUGCAUGGAUGAUGUUGGCCAGACAUUACUAAAUUGGGCUUCUGCAUUCGGCACACUUGAGAUGGUUGAAUAUUUAUGCGAAAAAGGCGCUGAUGUCAAUAAGGGGCAGCGCAGUUCAUCUUUGCAUUAUGCCGCUUGCUUUGGUCGUCCGAGUAUAGCUAAAGUGUUACUGAAAUACGGCGCCUAUCCAGACUUGCGAGAUGAAGAUGGUAAGACACCGCUAGAUAAAGCACGCGAACGUGCUGAUGACGGUCAUCGAGAAGUGGCAGCCAUACUACAAUCACCUGGUGAGUGGAUGGCUGCUGGUAAUUUGGCAUCGAAUAAAGAUGGCGCAGACGAUAAUGGCACAUUAGAACCACGUGGAGAUCCGGAGAUGGCACCCAUAUAUUUGAAAUUAUUUUUGCCCGUUUUCUGCCGUACAUUCCAGGGUACAAUGUUAGGCAGUGUACGACGUGCUAGUCUUGGUCUUAUCAAGAAAAUGGUACAGUAUGCACAGUCAGGUGUAUUGAAAGGGCUCUGCGAACCACAACUGCAAGUCGAGUCAGUGGCUGUUACGGGCACAAACGCACAAAAUUUGGGAACCCUAUUGGUCGAAGUCGUGGCUAGCGUGUUGGAUAACGAGGACGACGAUGAUGGUCAUCUUGUAGUUCUUAAUAUCAUUGAAGAAUUAAUGAGCAAAACUCAAGAUGAAUUUUUGGAUCAUUUUGCUCGUCUUGGAGUAUUUUCGAAAGUGCAAGCUUUAAUGGAUCCCGAAAAUGAAAAUGAUACUGCAACGACAGUUCUUCUUGGCGCUACGGCUAUCACAGCGCCGAGUGUAGAGGACCAUUUACAACAAAGUGGCAGCAGUGGAAUAACCAGCUCAGCACAGUUGCAACAACAAACAGCAGCAACUUCAGAUGAUGCAAUGGAAGAUGCUAAAGAAAUUCUACAAGGCAAAGCAUACCAUUGGCAUGAAUGGAGUAUUUGUCGUGGUCGCGAUUGUUUGUAUGUGUGGUCCGAUUCAGCAGCGCUAGAGCUUUCGAAUGGUUCGAAUGGUUGGUUUCGUUUCAUACUCGAUGGGAAAUUGGCUACAAUGUAUUCGAGUGGCAGCCCUGAAAAUGGCAAUGACAGUUCAGGAAGGGGUCGUGGCAUGGAUUCUGUUACUAGUGAAGAAAAUCGUGGUGAAUUCCUCGAGAAACUGCUACGCGCCCGUUCAGCUGUACGUCCGGGCACACCAUCUCAACCAAUUUUACCCACUGUAAGCGUGUUGCGUUUGGUUGUUGGCAAUUGGGUGCUGCAGUCGCAAAAGCCCAACCAACUACAAAUACAUAAUACCGAAGGCCAUCAAGUGACCAUAUUACAAGAUGAAUUACCUGGUUUCAUAUUCGAAAGUAAUCGUGGCACCAAACAUACUUUCACCGCCGAACACACACUUGGCCCGGACUUUGCAUCUGGUUGGUCGACGGGUAAGAAGAAGAAAAUCAAAACAAAAACCGAAGUGCAGAAGACACAAGCAAAGAAUUUAGCACGCGAUCUAUAUAAUAAAUACUUCAAGGCCGCACAAGCAGUGCCACGUGGUGCUGUCGCCAAGCUAACAUCAAUUGUGAAGCAAAUCGAGGUUGCAUUGGAGGAGCAACGUUUGUCGCCACACUCGAAUUGGCAAGAAAAGUUACGUAUGCCUUUGAGUGAGCUGGCACAGCUAUUACAUGAAGAUGGCGUGGUGAGUGCCUAUGAGAUGCAUUCGUCGGGGCUGGUGCAGGCUUUAGUUGCCGUACUGUCGAAGAAUUACUGGGACAAUGGUUUAUCACGCAGUAAGACAAAUAAGAUGCUUAAACAGCGCAUUAAUAUAUUUAAACAAUGCAUUUUUGAGGCGAAAUUGUCUAGUGGCGAAUUACGCAAUUCCACAGCCAGCAUACUUGUGCAAAAGUUGGUAGCUGUUUUGGAGAGUACCGAAAAACUGCCAAUUUACAUGUACGAUGCGCCUGGUACCACUUAUGGUCUACAAAUUUUAACAAAACGUUUGCGUUUCCGUUUGGAACGUGCGGCCUGCGAGACCACGCUCUUCGAUCGUACUGGACGCACCUUGAAAAUGGAACCAUUGGCUACUGUGGGUCAACUGGCUAAGUAUUUGUUGAAAAUGGUUGCCAAACAGUGGUACGAUAUGGAUCGUGCUACUUAUCACUAUCUAAAGAAGUUACGUGAACAUCGUCAAGGCAUGGUCUUUAAACAUCAUUAUGAUUUCGAUGAAGAGGGUCUCAUGUUCUAUAUCGGUUCGAAUGGCGGCACGUGUGAGUGGGUUAAUCCCGCACAAUAUGGUUUGGUGCAAGUAACUAGCUCUGAGGGCAAAACACUGCCCUAUGGCAAGUUGGAAGACAUACUUUCGCGUGAUAGUGUCUCUGUUAAUUGUCAUACUAAAGACAAUAAGAAGGCUUGGUUCGCUAUUGAUCUGGGUGUUUACAUAAUACCCAAUGCAUACACUUUACGUCACGCACGUGGUUAUGGCCGUUCGGCAUUGCGUAAUUGGAUGUUACAAGGUUCAAAGGAUGGUGCCACUUGGACAACACUCGUUACACACAACGAUGACAAGAGUUUAGUGGAGCCCGGUAGCACAGCUACAUGGCCAAUAGUGUGUUCGCCCGAUGAAAUGCAAGGUUUCCGUCAUAUACGUAUACAACAGAAUGGUCGCAAUGCGUCGGGUCAGACGCAUUACCUAAGUCUGAGCGGUUUCGAGAUCUAUGGACGUAUAGUGAGUAUCUGCGAUGAUAUUGGCAAAGGCGCCAAGGAAGCAGAGGCCAAGAUACGGAAAGAACGACGUCAAAUACGCGCACAACUUAAGCAUAUAACAACAGGCGCGCGCGUAGUGCGAGGCGUUGAUUGGCGCUGGGAUGAUCAGGAUGGUUGCUGUGAGGGAACGGUAACGGGCGAAAUACACAACGGUUGGAUCGAUGUAAAGUGGGAUCAUGGUGGACGUAAUUCGUAUCGUAUGGGCGCAGAGGGCAAAUAUGAUUUGAAAUUGGCAAACUGCGAUAAUUUGUCAAUGUUCGAGGGCGGCAAUUCAAUUGCACCAACAACAGCAACAGCAGCCGUAAGCACAACAGGCGGUGUAGCUGGCGGCAAGAAAUAUGAAAAGUCCGGCACGCUUACUUCGCGUAAAUCCAGUUCUACACCCUCACUGCCGGAGGCCACUGAAAUCAAUCGUAACACAGAAGUGCCUUCGGAUCAGGCAGCGUCUGCUGAUAACUUAGCAUGGAAACAAGCGGUUGAAGCUAUUACUGAAAGUGUCUUUAGUUCGGCCAAGACACAAAUGCUCAACUCAACUACUAGCGCUAGCGGUGAUGAUGGCGAUAGUAGUGGCAUGGGCGGUUCAUCAACAACUGGGUCUAGUGGUGUGACUCUACUACGUGAGCGUGAAAACAUUGCCGACCUUUCAGCCAUCAACAACUCCAUGCAGGCUAUCAAUGCUAAUGUUGUCUCUGAUUUGGCUACAAUUACCGAAAAUUUAGUAUUGACUGAAGCGAAUACGCCCAAUAUUAGCGGCAGCGUAUUGAGUUCCUCAUCCGGUUAUAGUGGCUCGGGUGUCAGUAGUAGCCGUAAUGCAUUGGCUGCUAUUUUCGGUAAUUCUGGUGUCGUGGGUGGUCAGACAGGUGGCGUAUCCAAUACAACAGCCACGUCCUCACUUCCCGCUGGUUGCCUGCUACGCAGUGUCUCGCUGCAGCAGAGCGAUGAGCCGAAGUCGACAAAUAUCGAAGCCAAUAAUAAAAUGAAUGCUAAUAAUUCAGCAAGCGCCAGUGGCAGCAUGGGUAAGGGACUAUUGGUCAACCUACGCGCUAACACAUCAGCUGGCCAACGUGUUUCGCAAUUUUCAUCUGAGGCGCUGGAAAUGAUCGAUAAAAUGCGCGAUGGUGUUGAUAUGAUACGCAACAACACUAACAAUAUUCUUUCUUCGGACAUACUUUCACUGUCUGCUGCAAAUUUGAUGACUUCAGCUGUUAAAUUUUCCAAUGUCACUGGCAAACCUGAAAGCAGUGCUGAUCAGUUGAACACUAGCUCUACAGAUACUUCCGCCACAUCUGUGGUCGUCGAUUGUAAUACUGCAGCCAGUGAUAAGUCUAUGCGUCCUCCUGAGCUGAAAGUGGAGCCAGAGAAGCGUAGCAAUAUUGAAUUGACGGAAUAUAAGAACCUUUCGGGCAUGCCGAGCGUCCCCAUAACUACAACACGAUCCUCCAGUGUUAGCGAUCAACAAGCACAACUGUUACAACCACCACCGCCACCGUUACUAGAAGUAGAGCAGCAAAAUACGGUUGAUUUACAGGCCACCGAUACAGCGCAACAACUUGGUGGCUCUGCCGAUAAUGUUAACGUAUCUGUAUCUAAUCAAAUGAGUGUUAGUGUGCCCAAUCUUACCACAACAUCUGUUUCGGAAACCACAUCACAAUCUGAGGUGUCUAAUCAUACUGGGCUUUUGGAGACUUUUGCAGCUAUGGCAAGACGUCGCACCUCGCAAGGUACUACCAAUCUUCAGAAUAACCAAAUGAUCAGCUCCAAUGCGAAUACAAACGAACGGAAUAACCAGAGUGUUGGCACCAGUUCUUUCUUCCCGAGAGGACCGAAUUCGGUUACGAGUCUUGUAAAAUUGGCUUUGUCCAGCAAUUUCCACUCGGGCCUAUUAAGCACUGCGCAAAGCUACCCGAGUCUUUCGUCAAAUAAUGCGGGGAAUAGUGGAGGCUCAAAUAACGGAACGGGCGCUAAUGGAAACUCUACCGCAGGUCAGCAAGUGCAAACAUCUAUAAAUCCUGCACUAACAAUGAGCCUCACGUCAACUUCGAGCGAUAGUGAACAAGUUUCGUUGGAGGACUUCUUAGAGAGUUGCCGUGCUCCUGCAUUACUUGGUGAUAUGGACGAUGACGAUGACAUGGACGAAGACAAUGACGAUGAAGAGAAUGAAGACGAAUACGAAGAAGUUGGAGUAAGUCGAUUGAAUACUUUAUUGCAAGUAAUGGUUUCUCGCAAUCUGCUAACUUUCAUGGACGACGAAACACUGGAGAAUCGUUUGGCUGGUGUAAGUAAACGCAAAUCAUGGGACGAUGAAUUCGUACUCAAGCGACAGUUCUCUGCGCUAAUCCCAGCCUUCGAUCCUCGCCCUGGUCGCACCAAUGUUAAUCAGACCUCAGACCUCGAUAUACCAGCACCGGGUACCAGUGCUGAGGCAUUGCGCCAGCACGAACAUGUGCCGCUACCGCAGCCUGUACUUUCGUUAGUCCUACGUGGACCUAGCAUAGGUGGUGUACCAGAUGUAGAAAUUGAAUUAUGUAAUAGCGAGUGGACAAUAUUUCGCGCCGUACAAGAGCUUUUGCAAGUUUCUCAGCUAAGUAAAACGGACAAAUUUCGCAAAGCCUGGGAACCGACUUACACGAUUGUCUAUCGCGAAGUAACUCCUCAAGAAUCUGUUAUCGGUGGCAUUGGUGGUACCGUUGUCGAAUGUGAUGAUGGACCCAACACGCCAGUAGUGUCAUCCAAGAGUGGUGCUUCUACACUCUCACCAAACUCACCGAUACGUGGCGAGUACACAACCUCUGAGAACGUUACCUGUUCCGUAGAUGAUGUUUUGCAGCUCCUCAGUCAAUUGAAUGCACUGAAUCAAAAGGAAAAUGUCACAGAGGGUGCAGUAGCAACAGCUAUUACUGCUGAACCAACUACACCUAGUGUAGGCAACUUGCCGCACGAGCUCUUUAUGAGUAAGAAAAUCACGAAUAAAUUACAACAGCAAAUACAGGAUCCAUUGGUAUUGGCUAGUAAUGCCUUGCCAAAUUGGUGUGAAGAUCUCAAUCAGGCUUGUCCCUUCCUGUUCCCAUUCGAUACACGUCAGCUAUAUUUCAAUUGCACUGCUUUCGGCGCAUCACGCAGCAUUGUCUGUCUGCAGUCACAGCGUGAUGUUACUUUGGAGCGUCAACGUAUGCCCGGACUUAGUCCACGACGUGAUGAUCAGCAUGAGUUCCGCGUAGGCCGUUUGAAGCAUGAGCGUGUUAAGGUACCUCGUAAUGAGAAUUUACUCGAGUGGGCCAUGCAAGUUAUGAAGGUGCAUUGCAAUCGGAAGUCGGUGCUUGAAGUAGAGUUUGUUGGCGAAGAAGGCACUGGUUUGGGACCUACGUUGGAAUUCUUUGCACUGGUCUCAGCGGAAUUACAGCGCACCGAUCUGUGUAUGUGGCUUUGUGAUGACGCCGAUCAAGAGUUACACGAUAAAGCUAGCGAACAAACUAAACAUUUAAUCGCCAGUGAUGACGUUAAACCAGUUGGGUACUAUGUAAAUCGUAGAGAACAUGGUUUGUUCCCUGCGCCAUUGCCGCAAAAUUCUGAAAUUUGCGAUCGUGUAUCGAAAUAUUUCUGGUUCCUUGGCGUAUUUUUAGCAAAAGUGUUGCAAGAUAUGCGUUUAGUGGAUUUACCACUUUCAAAUUCGUUCCUAAAGCUAUUAUGCCACAAUAAAGUGCUUUCACGUGGUGUACAUCAAAUUCAAUCGAAUCCUGUCUCGGAAGAUCCCAUGACCUCGUCAGUAGUAUCAGAGGAUUCUGAAUUGGCCGAAACUUGCUCGAAAUUAUUGAGUGGUGUUGGUGGUAAUGGCAACAAUGAAUACAAUGCCGACACACGUUGGUAUGAUGGUAUUUUAACGUAUGAAAACCUCGCCGAAAUCGAUCCUAUACGAUAUGAGUUUAUCAAAGAAUUGCAAGAAUUAGUUGCAAGAAAACAAGCCGUGGAGAGUGAUGCCUCGCUAACGCCUGAUCAAAGACGUGAACAAUUAGCAACUAUGAAAUUACGUACUAAGCGAAGCGAAGAAAUUGAUUUGGAAGAUUUAGCCUUGACAUUUACUUAUUUGCCCAGUUCUUCUGUUUACGGUUAUCCGUAUGCUGAACUGAUACCGAAUGGCGCCAAUAUUGAAGUUACGCUUAAUAAUUUAGAAGAAUACUGCGAUCUGUUGAUAAAUUAUCUUCUACAAGAUGGUAUUGCAAAACAGCUGGAAGCAUUCCAUCGUGGCUUCUGUGAAGUGUUCCCACUUAAGAAAUUGGCUGCAUUCAGUCCAACCGAGGCGCGUAUGAUGAUUUGCGGUGAGCAACAUCCGCAAUGGACGCGUGAAGAUCUCAUCAACUACACAGAACCAAAACUUGGAUACUCCAAAGAUAGUCCUGGUUUCUUACGUUUUGUCAAUGUAUUAAUGAGCAUGACAGGACCCGAGCGUAAGGCGUUCCUACAAUUCACUACUGGCUGUAGUAGUCUACCACCAGGCGGUUUGGCUAAUUUACAUCCUCGCUUAACAGUUGUACGUAAAGUCGAUGCCGGCGAUGGCAGUUAUCCAUCGGUAAAUACAUGCGUGCAUUAUCUAAAGCUGCCCGAUUAUCAAACCGAGGAGGUAAUGAAAGAGCGUUUACUAACUGCAACAAAAGAGAAAGGAUUCCAUUUAAAUUAAUAUACACAUUACAUACAAUAUGUGUUUAAAUAUUUUACUUACGUCUCUAUAUUAAUUUUAAGCAUUUUGCCGAAAUUUCAAAUUUGGCGUUAAGAUUGUUAGGGCGUUUCUGCGAGUACGAUUUUCAGUUGUUUGGUGAUAAAAUUGUUUUAUCUUUUAUCUAAUUUUUUAUAUAUUUUUUUUUUUUUUGCUGAGUUUUUCUUUUUGAUGUAUAAAAUUCGGGAAGUGUAACUUACAUAUAAAUAAUUAUACUCAUAAUUAAAAACAGAAAAUCUGCUUAAAAAAAAAAAAUGGCACAUGAAAGAAAGUCAACAACGACACAAUAUGUUCACUUUUGUUUUGUACCCAAUUGCAAAUGUGUAAUGAUGAUGAUUAUUAAACAAGGCAAACAAAGAUGUGUGUGUGUGUAUGGGUGUGUGCGUGUGUGUGUGUAUAUUUAAAAGAAAUAUGUAUGUAAAAAUAAUAUGGUACACUAAAUUAAUUGCAAUCAAGACAAGCAAAUCCUAAGCCAUUCGCCAUUCGUUUAAUGAACUGAAUUGAGCGUGCUUCAAAUAUCGCAUAGUUAGCGAGCUUAUGCCACAUUUUUUAAGAUUACACUAAGAAAUAGCAUGAAAGUUGCAAAUUGUAUGCGACAAAAUGAAGAAUUUAAAUCUGCAGAUAUCAGUGGCCUGUCAUAAUAUGUAUGUAAAUACAAGUGUUUUUUUCGUAUUCAAAAAAAAAAAAAAAAACAAAAAAAAAAUUAUAAUUAAUCUGUUGAAGAUAACUUACGCGUACAUAUAUACAAUAUUAUUCAUACAUACAUAUUAAAUUCAUAUAAAAUUAAUUACAAUACAAUAUUACAAUAUAAUCGCUAUUAAAUCAUUGUGUAUCUUUAAGUGAAGAACAAAUUACAUAUGAAAAAUAAAAUAUACAUAUAAUAAACAAGUUAGAUACCAGAAUGUGGCAAUAAACAAACCUGAAUGCACUUAAAACUUGUUGGUUAGGAAAGCGAUAGCAAGCAAAUAUUUAUUGAACAUUUUUUUAUAUGCUUGCCGUAAAGGUACAGUUAUUCAUAUAUACAAAAAUAUAUACCUUAUGAAAAUGCAAUAUAAAAUUCAACAAAAUGCAACUAUUUUUGAGAGAUUUAUCAUGUUCGAGCAACAAGUUUUGAACUAUUAUCAAACCUUCUUUAAGUUGGCUAAUAAACAUGUUUCGUUUCGUCAUUUACCAAAUUACCAAAGCAAAGUCUUACUUACAAAAUAACAUAUAAAUUUCAUGCUCUAUUUUUUCAUAUUAAUAAAUUGAAAAAUAAAAAUAAAAAAAAAAAACGUGCGAAAAUCAAAUCGAUGGCUAAAUAUCAUUAAUGAAUUACCCACAAUUUAAUAACCACCAAAUCAUAUAGUAUAACAUAUACACGUACAUACACACUAUAUUUGAUGUAGUAUAAUAAACAUAUAUGAGCAACUUAGAGAUACAGCUUUUCUAAAGCACUAUGGGGCAAACAAAUGAGAGUAUGAAAGUGAAAGUGAAAAAAGAAACUGGCGCAAGAAUUCGCGUGUGCGCGUCUUUAAUAUACAAUUUAUAGAAGAGAACAACUUUAUAUUGAUAAUAAUGAUAAAAGAUAUUUACAACGGCUGAAAAUGUAAUGUUAAAUGCAAAGUGGGAAUUACAAUAGGACAUAAUACUUAUAUAUUAUAUGAUACAUAUACAUAUGUAUAAACUAUACGCAUUAAACACACAGUGCUUAUUGAUAAAAAUGUUGUUUUAAAAGGAAAAUAAAGUGAGUACAGAUUCAUACGAUGAAAUUAGUUUGAUAAUGAUUAUGAUGAUGAAUGGCAGCGCGAAAGCAUAUUGCAUAUUCAGCAAAUAGUGAAAAACAAAGAUAAAGCCAUGCUUAAAAUACAAAUACAAAUACAAAAACAAAUUAAAAUUAAAUUGUAUCACAAUGUUAUUAGACAUUUUUUCUGAAUAAUUUUAAAGUUACUCUCUUGAAUCAAAUAAAAUCUUAACGGUAGUAAAAUAUAA